CAACCCACCAUCGGCCAAUCAGGGAGCUUGGAGGUGAUGUCAUGGCGAGAGCUGAGCAGUGGUGCUGAUGUUGAAAGAAGCCCAGGGUACCACUAAUUGAGGGAGUGAGAAGAGAGCAGCUCGCUCCGAACUGGACUGAAGGGUCCUGACAGUGUCCUGAGCUGGUGAUAGACACCUGUGGCUUUCGCUUGGAUUCAGCCCCCAGAUUCCUGCAAACAUGACCCUGGCGGCCUACAAGGAGAAGAUGAAGGAGCUCCCGCUCGUGUCCCUGUUCUGCUCCUGCUUCCUGGCCGAUCCCCUGAAUAAAUCGUCCUACAAAUACGAAGGCUGGUGUGGGAGACAGUGUAGGAGGAAAGGUCAAAGCCAGCGGAAAGACAGUGCUGACUGGAGAGAAAGAAGAGAACAGGCAGACACAGUGGACCUGAACUGGUGCGUCAUCUCAGACAUGGAGGUCAUCGAGCUGAAUAAGUGCACCUCGGGCCAGUCCUUCGAGGUCAUCCUGAAGCCGCCCUCCUUUGAUGGGGUGCCUGAGUUCAAUGCCUCCCUGCCCCGGCGGAGAGAUCCUUCGCUGGAGGAGAUCCAGAAGAAGCUAGAAGCAGCAGAGGAGCGAAGGAAGUACCAGGAAGCUGAGCUCCUGAAGCACCUAGCAGAGAAACGAGAACACGAGCGUGAGGUCAUCCAAAAAGCCAUUGAGGAGAACAACAACUUCAUCAAGAUGGCCAAAGAAAAACUGGCCCAGAAGAUGGAAUCCAAUAAGGAAAACCGGGAGGCCCACCUUGCCGCCAUGCUGGGGAGGCUGCAGGAGAAGGAACCGCCUGCUGCGCGGUGACUCCCGGGACCCGAUCGGUGGCCUCGUCCCAUGGACAAGCACGCGGAGGAGGUGCGGAAAAACAAGGAGCUGAAGGAAGAGGCCUCCAGGUAAAGCCCAGAGGCCAGAGACGUUUCCAGGACGCCGGACAGCUCCCGCAGUCCAGAGCAGCCUCUCCGUGGCCGCUGCUCUCCCAGCGCUGGGGUUUGGGGGGAGGGGGGUGGCCCAGGGGUGUUCCCUCUGCUUUUGGUGUUUGUACAUGUAAAGAAUUGACCAGUGAAGCCAUCCUAUUUGUUUCUGGGGAACAAUGACGGGGUGGGAGAGGGGAGAGAAGGAGAGAGUUGGGAAAGGAAGGCCAGCUGACGGACACUGCCACACUACGCCCCGCAGACCCCGGCCUGGGCCCCGCCUUUCACAGCUCUUCUGCCUGGACGUCAGGCCUCCAGGAGCCACGUGAAGGGAGAUGAGAACCGGGCCGGUGGAAGUUCAGAGUCAGGGGUAGAGUCCGAGUGGGGCGGUGGCUGCAGAGCCUUCAGGAUGAGCCCCGCUCAAGGGGGUGGGAGGCCUGGAGGUGUCGACUCCACCCCGUGGCCAGGGGGAUGAGGUCUGCGUGUGUGUUAACCAUCAUCUUCUGAUCAUCAUGACCAAUGAAAUGUUUCCUUCAAGCCUCCAGUUCUUUAUUUCCUGAAUUUGUCCUUUGAGUGACUGGCAAAAUGUUUUGGAAGGUUUGCCUUCUGCCCAUUUGAUGGCACGUGACCCUAAAUUUUGCCAUCCAAGUAUCUGAGGUGCUGGGUGAAGUGUUAAAUCAUGCCAAUCAUUGUCAUAAUUGAAAGAUUUGUUUUUCUGUCUCUUCUUUUAAACCCUUCUGUGGGCUGUCCCUGACUGGAUUGGUGAGAAAAGAAACUCAACCUUUCUUUCUACAGACUAAUGUUCUAGCCUGUUCCCCAGGAUUCAUUGUAAAAGGAAGUUGUCUUAAGUCUAUUCAGGCUGCCAUCAUGAAAUUCCUUAGUCUGGGUAAUUUGUAAGCACUAGAAAUGUAUUGCUCACAGUUCUGGUCCAGGAUUGAGACACCAGCAGAUUUAGUGUCUGGUAAGAUGAGGUGAGGGGCUCAGGAUGGUGAUUCUUGCUGCAUCCUGACAUGGUGGAAGGGCAAAAGGAGUCUCCUAAACCUCUCUACAGGGGCACUAAUCUCAUUUGUGUGGAUGGAGAUGUCAUCACCUGAACACCACCUAAGGCCCCACUCUUAAUACUGUUGCCUGGGGGUUAAGUUCUCACGUGUGACCCUUGAGGGACAUCAACAUGGUGGAAGCCUUCCUCACGUUGGGUAACAAAAUGUGAGCAGGGAAAUGAAGAGCUCGUUAGGGAAGGCAGAGGGGGCCACUGAAACCCAGCAGUCCUGUUCUCCAGGACACCCCCAUCCUCCUCUGGAAACAAAUGGGGGGCGCAGCCUGCAUGGACCGGGUCCCAGGGCAUCCCAUACCUGCCCUGCACACUGUGUAGUUUUGUACAGACUUGCAAAUAAACUCUUUGGUAUUGCCUUGUUUCUUCCACUAGUGGUACUGCAAUUUAGCUUUAUUUUAAGUUAGGAUGAUGAGGAUGACAGUUAACACUGAGGAUGCAAUUAUUAGAUACCUGGCAAUUUUCUGAACUUCCUCAUAUAUAUCAUCUCACUUAAUUCUCGCACCAACCCUAACAGGAAGUUACUCUUGUUAUCUAUCAUGUAGACAAAGAAACUGAGGUACAGAAAGUGUCAGUAACUUGCUGGAGUCCACACAGAUAAUAAGGGGGAAGAACAGGGACUUGUAUUUGGCAGUGUG